CCCCGAGAGGAGGAGCGAGAGGCUCAUAGUAGGCGUCAGAAUCCUCAAUUUCCAACUUAGCAUCCUGGCAGGACACUCUCCGAAGCAAAGUCCCAUCCGAAAGCAAAAAACUUGUCCCGCGCGCUCGGCAUGAGAGUCACAGCGCGCGCAGAGAGUGAGAGAGCGCCUCGAAAAUCCGCGUGUGAGUCUGACAACGACUGAUUAACGAGUGCGAAGUCUAUGCAUUCGUCGUUCUCUUUAAUUUCCAUCACUGCUACCAACGUGUGGAGGACGGGACGGAGGUCUGUUUACUCGGAACUCUAUGAGCGAGCGCAAAGAGCGCGUGAGAGUUUGAGGAAGAAGAACUCAAGUGAGAAGCUUAUAUUUGGAUCUUCACCAUGGCGUACCCUCAGGGCUACUUGUAUCAGCCAUCCGCCUCUCUGGCACUCUAUUCGUGUCCUGCCUACAGUACAAGCGUGAUAUCGGGACCCCGGACAGAGGAGCUAGGGAGAUCUUCCUCUGGCUCUGCUUUCGCUCCCUACGCCGGAUCUACAGCGUUCACCAGCGCCUCGCCAGGUUACAAUUCCCAUCUCCCGUACAGCGCUGAUGCGGCCGCUGCCACUUUCACUUCUUAUGUGAGCUCCCCGUAUGACCACACGACAGGCAUGGCCGGAUCUAUAGGGUAUCAUCCUUACGCUGCUCCCUUGGGCUCGUACCCGUAUGGAGACCCAGCUUACCGCAAGAAUGCUACCCGGGACGCAACAGCCACUUUGAAAGCUUGGCUUAGCGAGCACCGGAAAAACCCGUACCCCACCAAAGGCGAGAAGAUUAUGCUGGCCAUCAUCACGAAAAUGACCCUCACUCAAGUGUCCACCUGGUUCGCCAACGCCAGGAGGAGGCUAAAGAAGGAGAACAAGAUGACCUGGACCCCACGGAACCGGAGCGAGGACGAGGAGGAGGACGAAAACAUUGAUCUCGAGAAAAACGACGACGACGAGCCAAAUAAGCCCACGGACAAGGGAGACUCCACAGACACAGAGGCAGAUCAUAAACUCAUCAACCCAGCGGAGCUACCAUGCGACAGGUUUAAAGACGAGUCUCAUGCUAAAGAUCUUGAUCCACCUUUGACAGACUCGGAAUUAAAAGACACAGAGGAGAGGUCGGAUUUGCUCGCCGAGCAAGCAAAACCCACCACCUCUUCUCCCUCCGUCCUACAGAGAGGGAAUGAUCUCAUUACGCAAGAAAAGCCCUCAGAACCGGGCCACGCCGCGAGCACGGGGAACAGCAACGUAACGUCUGUUAUUCAUUCUCCCCCUUCGGCGCCCAAACCCAAACUCUGGUCUCUAGCCGAGAUCGCCACGUCCUCGGACAGGUGCAAAGGGAGCAGUGAGGCUCCACAGGCCGGGGGGCUGGGUCAAAGCACAGUCAUAGCCAGCGCUGCCUCGCCGACCCGGUCCUCCCCUCAGUGCCCUCUCCCUAAUAACACUGUCCUUUCUCGGCCUAUUUACUACACGUCCCCUUUUUACCCGGGCUACACGAACUAUAGCACUUUCGGACACCUCCACAGCAGCCACGGCACCAACACCAGCUCCACGGCACAUUUCAAUGGAUUAAGCCAAACUGUUUUAAACAGAGCCGAGGCUCUGGUAAGAGAGAGCAAAGUAAGAAGCCAAACACAGGUAGAUCUUUGUAAAGACUCACCUUAUGAGCUAAAGAAAGGUAUGUCAAACAUUUAAUACCGGAUUCAUCGCCAAUCACACGGACAUUUAUUUAUUAUUUGUGGUUGCUUAAAGAAGAAGCAAAAGAAGACGCAUUCUGAUUUAAAAGAAAAAAAAAUCCGAGG